ACACAGAGAUAACAGUUGAAGAACAUAACAUGUGACUAUAAUACAGAGAAAAGUCAGUUACAUAAAUAAAUUAAAACCAAAAGAGAGGAAAAAAAGACAGAGUAAGUGAUUCUUCCUCCAUCUCUAAAGGUCUGGCUUUAUUAUCUGAAACAUUUUCCACCUCUCAAAUAUUACUACCCAUAGGUCAUAGGAUAGCAACAAAUCCAUAAUUGCUGAUAGGUGCAAAAGCUACUUUUGAGAAGCCAUAAUAUAAUCUGUUAGUUAGUGCAAGUGGGGGCAUAAAUAUGGAGGAAUUGAGGAGAGGAGAAUAGUAUGGUAAAGUCUCUCUCUCUCUCUCUCUCCCACGUAUAUUACACGCUUUCAAAUAUCCAUAGAAUAAACAAAGUCCACCAGCCAUCUAUCUAUCUAGCCGUCCCAAAAAGUAAACGCUUUAUUUCAAAAACUCAUACCUCACCUUUUUGCUACAUAAAAAUUGCACCUUGUCAACAUCAACUACACUCUCUCUCUUCUCUUCAUGGGGUUAGACUAAAGUCUGCACGAUCAACAGGACAAAGAAUUGCCAAAAAAAUACCCACAUGGUUGAUUGGAGUAUCUUGGCAUCUUCAACUGUCUUUCUUCUUCAUCUUUAGUUGUCUAAAAAUAAUAAUGAUCAUGGAUAAUAAAGACAGCCGCCACCAAUCUGGUCUGACAUAUCAUCAAUUUCGAGCAGCCAUGCUUCUUACUUCCUUUCAUUCUUCUUCUUCUUUACCCCACCAUAAAUCUUUCUAUCCAAUAAUAUUGAUAGUUGUUCUACUUCUUUCUUCUAUUGCUACCAUCUGUCAUGCUUCCUGCAAUCAGCUUGAUCGUGACUCUUUGUUAUCAUUCUCUGUUGGUAUCUCUUCACCUUCUCCUUUGAAUUGGUCCUCUUCCGAGGAUUGCUGCACCUUGUGGGAAGGUGUUGGUUGUGAUGAUAAUGGCCGAGUAACCGCUCUCUGGCUUCCCUCAAGAAGCCUUUUUGGAAACAUAACCCCUGCUAUUGCAAAUUUGAGCAAACUCUCUCAACUCAGCCUGUCAAAUAAUCGAUUUUUUGGUCCCCUCCCAGAUGGAUUUUUCAAGUCAUUUAGUAGCUUGCAGAUCAUUGACUUGAGUUAUAACCGUUUAUCAGGACGAUUGCCGCUAUCAGAUAGAUUGCCAUCACCCAUCAAGACAGUAAAUCUCUCUAGCAACCACUUCAAUGGGACAAUUCUAUCAUCAUUUCUCGAGCCAGCAAUUAAUUUAGAGAGUUUCGAUAUUAGCAACAAUAGCUUCUCUGGUCCAAUACCCUCCUUUAUUUGCAGCUACUCAGCCGCUGUCAGAGUUCUUGAUUUCACUUCCAAUGACUUCAGGGGCCAGAUGCCCCAAGGGUUUGGGAGUUGCUCCAGUUUGGUUACUUUGAGAGCAGGAUUCAACCAUCUUUCGGGAUUCAUUCCUGAUGAUAUUUAUAGUGUGUCAACACUGCAAGAAAUCUCUUUACCUGGCAAUAAAUUUUCUGGACCCAUCCCAGAAAGCAUUGUCAACCUUGUCAACCUCAGAAUCCUCGCACUCUAUGGCAAUGAAUUGACAGGUUUGAUCCCUCAAGAUAUUGGAAGGCUCUCCAGAUUGGAACAGUUGCUCCUCCAUAUAAACAAUCUAAAUGGCACUGUGCCGCCAUCGCUGAUGACUUGCACCCGUCUCACUGUGCUCAAUUUAAGGGUCAACUUCUUGGAAGGUGAACUCUCAGCUCUUGAUUUCUCCAACCUUAGUCGACUUGGCAUAAUCGACCUUGGAAAUAACUUCUUCACUGGAAGCAUUCCACAAAGCCUUUUUUCAUGCAGGUCAUUAACUGCAAUCCGUCUGGCUACUAACUAUCUGACAGGAGAUAUCUUGCCUGGCGUAACGUCUUUACAAGCUCUGUCCUUCCUCUCGGUUUCCAAUAACAGCCUAACCAAUUUUGCAGGGGCAAUAGAAGUCCUUAAGGGUUGUAAGAAUCUUACCACACUAAUCCUCACCAAAAACUUUUAUAAUGAAACGUUGCCUGAUAAUGGGAACUUGAUUGGGUCUGAAGAUUUUCAAAAUCUCCAAAUUCUGGGUUUAGGUGGUUGUAAUUUCACCGGACAGAUACCCACAUGGCUGGUUAAACUUGGGAGGGUAGAGGUUCUAGACCUUUCUAUGAAUCAAAUCACAGGCAAAAUUCCAGGUUGGUUGGGGACUUUACAGAAUCUAUUUUACCUGGAUUUGUCUCAGAAUUUUCUAUAUGGAGGCUUCCCAGUUGAACUUACUCAACUGCAAAGACUCGCAUCACAAGAGGCUGCUGAUCAGGUCGACAGAGGUGCUUUAGAAUUGCCUGUGUUUGUUCAGCCAAACAAUGCCUCAAAUCAGCAAUAUAAUCUACUGUCAAACCUGCCACCAGCUAUUUACCUUGGAAACAACAACCUUGAUGGCAAUAUUCCAACUGAGAUUGGCCAGCUGAAGUACAUUCAUGUUCUUGAUCUGAGCAAGAACAACUUUACAGGAAACAUUCCAGAAACAAUAUCCAACCUCACUAAUCUGGAGAAACUAGACCUCUCUGCCAACAACCUCUCAGGUGAAAUUCCUUCUUCACUCAAGGGUCUUCAUUUUUUGUCUUCUUUCAGUGUUGCUCACAACAAUCUUGAGGGACCUAUUCCAACAGGAGGUCAGUUUGAUACAUUUCCUAUCACUAGUUUCUUAGGUAAUCCAGGACUGUGUGGUCAAAUCCUGCAGCACCCUUGCCCUGAUCGAUCAGGAACUACACAACCUUCUGCAGUUAGAAAAACCGCAAAAAGGAAAAUCUUAAUUGGACUCAUCCUAGGAAUCUCCUUCGGCAUUGCCUUCACAGUCAUCAUCAUAGCAUUCUGGAUAUUCUCCAAGAGGAGGAUCCUUCCAAGAGGUGACGCCGAGAAAAAUGACUUGGAAAUUGUGUCCUACAACUCCACUUCUGGAUUGUCUGCUGAGAUUGGAAAGGAUAACAGCAUGCUUGUUAUGUUUCCAACCAAUAAGGAUCAGAUUAAUGAUCUCACAAUUUUUGACAUUCUGAGAGCCACGAAUAACUUCAACCAAGCAAACAUAGUAGGUUGUGGAGGCUUUGGUCUGGUCUAUAAGGCAACUUUAGCAGAUGGAACUAUGUUGGCUGUUAAGAAACUUUCAGGAGAUACGGGUUUAAUUGAAAGAGAAUUUAAAGCAGAGGUGGAAGUUUUAUCCACUGCCCAACAUGAGAAUUUGGUCUCUCUUCAAGGUUACUGUGUGCAUGAUGGCUGUAGGUUGCUGAUCUAUUCCUAUAUGCAAAACGGAAGUCUGGACUACUGGUUGCACGAGAAAACUGAUGGAGCAUCCCUACUUGAUUGGCCAACUCGACUGAAGAUUGCACAGGGGGCAAGUUGUGGGCUGGCUUACAUGCAUCAGAUAUGUGAACCACAUAUUGUUCAUCGUGACAUAAAGUCCAGUAACAUCCUCCUUGAUGAAAAGUUUAAAGCGCAUGUGGCAGAUUUCGGAUUGUCCAGAAUGAUUCUUCCUUACCAAACUCAUGUCACCACUGAACUGGUUGGUACCCUCGGCUACAUCCCACCAGAGUAUAGUCAAUCAUGGAUAGCCACUUUGAGAGGAGAUGUCUAUAGUUUUGGAGUUGUGAUGUUAGAACUCCUGGCUGGCAGAAGACCUGUGGACAUGAGCAAACCAAAGAUGUCAAGGGAAUUGGUUGUAUGGGUGCACCUAAUGAGAAAUGAGGGUAAACAAGAAGAAAUAUUUGAUCCUAUACUGAGAGACAAGGGUUUCGAAGAAGAUAUGCUUCAAGUGCUUGAUGUUGCCUGUAUGUGUGUCAGCCAGAAUCCUUUCAAAAGGCCAACUAUAGCAGAAGUGGUUGAGUGGCUCAACAGAGUAGUAUCCAACGAGGGAGCACCUAAAUAAGGUGGUGGUACACAUAAAUUUGAUGUAGAUGUGAGUGUCUGUAUAGGUGAACUUUUGCUUUUUACACGUAGGAAGUUAACAUAUAGGAAUAAAUGUAUAAAGUGAACAAUUUCCUCAAUAAAUUACAUUUACGAUUU